AUGACUGUGUCGUACGCCAGCUCGGUUGCAACCGUUCAUCAUGGAUCUUUGGUUCGCCUGCUUGCACGAUGGCAUGGAAGCGUGUACCAAGCUGUAUGGCCGACGUUCCUCCUGUUUUGCUUUGCGUAUGGAGGCGUCGCACUUAUCUACUAUUUGCUUCCAACAGAUACUCCUGAGCGUCUGGAAAUGAAACAACAAUUUGUACAGGUCUGUGCUUAUGCAGCUCGGAUUUCCGAUGCGAUUCCUGUCUCGUUUGUGUUGGGCUUCUUUGUAAACCUUGUGGUUUCCCGAUGGUGGAAACAGUUUCUCAAUCUUCCCACUCCGGAUUCUGCGUGCUAUUUGAUGGGCACAUAUUUACGGGGAUAUGAACACAAGGAAGGUUACUACGUGUCAGAACAAUGCGAUAGCGAAAGACCUCUAUUGAUCAGACGCUCCGUUGCACGCUACCUCAAUUUAGCUAGCGCAUUGUGCUUCCAGGAGAUAUCACUGAGCAUGAAACGUCAAGUGGGUACGCUAGAAGAUCUGGUCGAUUGUGGGUUAAUGACAAAACAAGAAGAAACAAUAUUUCUGAACCUCUCACAAGAUAACGGGCACUUUUUCGUUCCAGUCGUUUGGGCUGUCACUCUGCUGAGCAGAGCACAUCAUGAAGGUUUCAUCAAACACGAACGUCACUUGGAUGCUAUAGUCGCUGAAGUGGUUGCAUUCUGGAGACAGCUGCACAUAUUAUUUUUGCAUGACUACGUCAAUGUCCCGUUAGUCUACAAUCAGGUGAGUGAAGUUUUCCAUGCACGAGGAAUCGAUUUAGCAAGCUUGCUGUGUAUCUAG